GUGAUGCAUUCUGUCAAUCUGUCAUUACAAAACAAACGGGACAAGUGGAAAGCGUACAGUGUUUGUGUGCUUUGUUAUUUAAUAAUUUGGUGCUAAAGUGGUGUAGGGCAUAGUUUAUGAGUAAAAUGUUUUAAUUAAGUGAAUAGGUAAUUGUUUAGAGUAUCCCACCGCUGCUAAAUAUUUGAAUAUAGCGGCCGUAUGACUACAACAUACGUUAGUGCAUAAAGGAAUGAGUGUCAGACGCCGACCAUGGACAUCAAGAACCGGAUGUUGCUGCAGCACCAUCAGCAGGAUAUCGUCAGGGAUCUGGACGUCAACUACAUACUAGACGAGCUGUUCACGAACAAUGCCAUAUCGAACGAAGUAUUCGAUCACAUCUACAACUUGACGGACCGAGUGGACCGCACACGAUACCUCCUCGAUACGUUACUGCAGAGCGGCAAUAACAACGCUUUCAAUGCGUUUGUGGACAGCUUGGCGAAAGACUACAAGUGGUUAUGGGAGAAGUUGGCUGUGGAGAACAAUACAACUAUGAUCGAAGACAGUUUCGAGGAUAGCCUGAGCAGGGGAGAUGUGCCGCGACUGCCUGAUCAUUUUGUUAGGAGAAUGGCUUUGGAGCGAGACAUACUAGUGAAGUUAAGAUCACUAAACCGGCAUCAAAUCCUAGUUCUUCACGGUAUGUCUGGAUGCGGGAAGACUGCUCUAGCGAUCAGUCUGCUGCGAAGUAACCCUUUGCUGAUCACUUCAGACUUCAACGGGGUUAUGUUUUGGCUCAAUUUUGGCGACUGCAAGUCUGAUGACGACAUUAUUGCUCAACAGAAUAAGUUAUACCGCAAAGCAUCAUCACUAUCACUACACAUUUCACACAUGCGACCCACCAUAUCAAUGUCCAGCAUAUGUUCCAACGCGGACUCCUUAUCUAGCUACGAUCUAUCCUGGCAGGAGUUGAGAGAUAGACUCAAGUCUUUAUUCGCUGAGGCGCAACUAAAAGAUGCCUUGUUGGUACUUGAUGAGUUAAAUGAGAAGAAGUGUCUGGAAGCGUUCGAUAUUGGCUGCAGGAUAUUGGUUACCACAAGGGAUACGGAUGUUGUGUCCAAUUUCAAUCCGCAGAUUGUGAAGAUAGAAAACCACUUCUCAGAGGAGGAAUCCCUAGAUCUAUUUGCGUCGUGUCUAGACGUGGAAGUGUCACAGUUGCCCCGACAAGCGAAGAAAUUGCAUGAAAUAUGUAAGGGCAGUCCGUUCCAUAUCGCUCUCAUAGGAGCUGAGCUGGCUGAAAAUAGAGAAAAAUUGAUCCACGACACGAAACAUUGGAACUACUAUUUGAAUAAGUUGGAGAAGAAGGACUUGUUUUUUUUAACAAGGCACAAUGGUAACCCAAUGAAAACAAUCGAAGUCUGCAUUAACUCCUUAAAACCCGACAUCCUACCGCUAUUCAAAAUGCUGUGCAUACUACCCGACAACGUAAAAGUGUCUGCCAAAGUCCUGAGCAAACUAUGGAACAAGGACGUUGCCAGAGUCGAAACCAUCAUGAAGCAAUUACGAACCAAAUCACUAAUAACACAGCUAUAUGACCAUGAACAACAAAGCUACAUCUACGAAAUACAUGAUAUAAUAAUGAAUUACUUACGAAGCUGUCACAACGAAGAGGAAACUAAGAAAUUACACUCCGAUUUCCUUAAAAAUUAUGGUUAUAUAGACGUACAUAAUGUACCAAUGCAAAUUGUGGAUGAUGAUUACAUAGCCUUUUAUAUUGGCUAUCAUUUGGCGAGAACGAAAAAUUACAAUAAUAAGUGGAGUUUGUUCAAUAGGUUGUAUUUGGAUCUCAAGUUUUUAGGCAAUAAAGUGAGACUGACCGGACCUGCGGAUGUCAUUUUGGAUUUGCAGAAGUAUGAGAGUCAUAUAGCUAAUGAUGAGCUAGACCAAACGCUAAUAUUUAGCAUCAAAGAGUACCUAAGUAGGUACGGCAUAGAUCUACAUCGGUACCCGUGCACUGAUCUCGUGCAAAGCAUACUGCAGAACGAGUCUAAAGGGAUCCUGUACACUAAAGCGUGGCAAGUCGCUAAGGACAGGAGUGCCAAGAAUGAGCUGUAUUUUGAGUUUUUGCAUGAACAAAACGUGGAGGAAAUCAAGCACUCGACGAUAGACGUAAAAGAAACGAUUACGGCGGUGUGUUUUCUUGGCGAUUAUGUACUAAUCGGCACUAAUACUGGAGUCAUUAUGUUUUUCCAUAUAGCAACAAACAAACUGAGGAAGCAGAUACAAAGCACGGAAUCGGCUAUCAAAUGGCUCGGAGUGUGUCCCGUCAACCCGCCGUUUGUUGCAUCACUAUCCGCGGAUGGGUUCAUCAAAUUGUGGUACAUUGAUGACGUGGUGCAGGAUGUGACCGAUGACGUCAUUGAAGAGGAAACGGAGGAAUCAUACAACAACAAUUUCCCGACCAAUGUAACCAUACCACCGACUCUCGGGCCUUUCCUCAACUGUCGAUGGGCGAACAACGAAGAGACUUUAAUAACAAACACGCACAAAAUGAUCAUCCUAUACAACACAUCUGGCAAAGUUACACAUCUCUUGGAUAACUUGUACAGAGAUAAAGAGAUCCUGCGAUGUGUCCCAUGCAACUACGACAAACAUGUUAUAGUGGCCACGAGUAACAGCUUUCAUACUGUGGAGAUGGUUGAUUUAAAGACUAAAGAAAGACAGGUGUUUAAAGAGUCUGAAACAGUAUUGGAUUUAGCCACAAUCCCUGGUAGCAAUAGAAUCCUAGGUCUCAAAAGGAAAGAAGUCACCGAAUACGAGUUCAGAAUGUCGCGUCGCUUCAGCCCGAACAACAAUCACAGUAACAACUGUCAAAGCAAGACCGUAGUGACUAGUGAUGCAGUGAAGGAAAACGUAUCGUUUAUAUCGAUGGCCGUCAACAAGACUGGGACGCUCCUUUUUGUUUCCACGGACGAUAGUCGUGUGAUUUGUGUCGAUUUGAAGACCAACUCGUAUGUUUUCGAAUUGGGGAAUAGACGAGGGAAUGUGGUGUCAAUGGCAGUAAGUGAAGUGCUGGUAUGGGAUGAUUUCGAGCCCGGAUCGGACGUUCUACUGACAGGCACUGGGUGUAUAGAGAACACCGCGAAAGUGUGGUACUUGGACGCUGCUUAUAUCUCGCACAACACACAGAGAAAUGGCAAGGUCCGCUUAACAACAAAGUUCGACACGAGUUUCAUCAACAUAGUAUCGCCGCACACCCCAGUCGUUCCGCCGCCCAACAGCGUCCCCCAAAGCGCCAACACAACGCCCAAGCGACACCAAUCAUUUGUCAACUCCUCCAACAAGGAAGUGGUCAAGCGAGUGGUCAAGACUACGAUGAGUCUUGACAGGCAUACACUGAAACCGCUGAAUUUGAAGGGGAUAUGCAAUGGGAAUAACGAAGGAGUCACACAGCCCUUAUUGGCGGUUGUCGAUGAUAAAAACAAUAUACAGAUAUUGCGUGGAAGAAAAUUAGUAUCAGAAAUCUUCACAAAGCAAGACGAACAAAUCACAACAGUCAAAAUAUCACCAUGCAACCAAUACGUAAUAUUCGGCCUGCAGUCUGGUAUAGUACGAAGGUAUACCAUCCGUACCAAAGACACCAAGGACAUUAUGGAUGUGUAUAGUAUGGUUCAGUACAUGAGUUUUGUGAACCCCAAUUUGUUGAUGGUUGCGGGGAAGAACCGGUGUUUGAUGGCGUAUAGGUUCACUGUGGGUGGGGAUUGGAAGCCUGAGAUGUUGCAGCGGGGUAACACUAAUCUUGGAUCGCAGGAGAUUUUAAAUGAUAUUAAGGGAAUAAUAUCGAACAAAUCGAACCACUCAGACAAUAUAUCAAGCUCGGGCAGUGAUUCAAGCACUAACUCAAGAGAUCGCCGCUUCCGAAAUGGCGAUAAGAAAAAUCUCUGCAAAGCCUCCUCAUUGGUCAAUUGCUACUGGGUGCAAGACGUUGGCCUGAUAACCAUAGAGUCCAACGCCACUAUAAAGCUUUGGGAUGAGAAUUUGCAGUUAUCCAGCGUUCUGAACGGUCGACAGAUGGAAGUGUGCAUUUAUUGUUCGGAUUUCAAGAAAAAUGUGCUGGUUAUAUGCGACAAUGCGAACUUGUCUUUUCAGACAUUUGAACUAAAAAAGCGCGAGCCCAUUGAGUUACGAACGAUACAAGAAUACAAGCUAAACAACAGGAUAUGUUCGUGCGCGCUCACGGCUGACGGAAACAUACUCGCUAUGGGACUGGACUCUGGCGAUGUAGUGGUAUGGAACGUCCCAAACAAGCGGCAACUGAAACUCCUAAAGCAUCACAAGACGAAAGUUCAGUACUGUUCCUUCUCCCCCAUACCGGAGCGAUUGUACCGCUCGUCCGUCCACUCGCCAUCGGCUAUCAUGCUGAGCCCGCCCUCGUUUGACGACGACUCGCAACCGCCGCUUGUGCUGGUCACCAUGGCAACGGAGAUCGUGUGGUGGAACAUCACCUAUGUCAUACGCACGAGGAAAGUGCUGUGGAAUAAGCCCGGUGGCUGGAACGUGGUGACCCCAGUGACCAGCCCCAUAGACCCCCGCAACGAGACGCCCACGCACAACUCUAGCAGCGACUCGAGCGCGGCGGACAACUUCUUUUUCGGCGGCGACUGUCUCGACCCCAAACAGUAUUGGAAGGCCAAUUGGAAGAAAAAGACGUACAAGGAAGGUUCGAAACGGAAGGAAAUACUGUCCUGCAUAAAGCUGUCGGGUAUGAACGCGAAACAAAUCUGCCACGACGAAAACUUCUCGUGUUUUGUGACCGUCGACAACCCUGGCCAUAUACACAUAAUGAAUCUUAUGAACUCCUGUAAUACGUAGCACAAACUUUAUUUUUUUUAAUAGACACUAAGUAAAGGAUAAAAAUAGGGUUGAUACAACUUUGCACAUAUCGACAACGUUGAUACAUUGCGAUCAAGACAUUCACUUCUUUUAUGAUUCGAUUCAUCUAUAUAAUUACAUCCACAUCCAGCCCCAAACAGAAACUUUAAAAAAUAAAAAUCGGUACUGAAUAACCGACAUUCGAAAUGAUGAAUAAGCUACUUUAAUUUACUCUAUUAGGUUCAUUUUACGCUGACGCGACGUUUCAGUGUUUUGAUACUCGAAAUCUAUCAACGUUUUCGAUAUGUGCGAACUUGUACUAAGAGUACUAACGUGAAGUGCGACACUGAACGCGCGUGUAAGUGUGUACUAUUUUUAAUGCAAGUAAUAAGUUUACAAAGUAUGAAGUUUACCUUUAUGAAAAGAUACAUAAAAAAUUUGACAGAAAGUGUUGCUUCGACUUUAUUUUGUUUAUAGCAAAACUAAAAAAUUAAAAUGCCUUGUAAAAUUAACCCUAUUCAGGUUAAUAAAGUUUAAAUCGUCUAAAUUAAAAAUAUAGUGCGCAAUCGUGGCUAAGCUUUAUAUUAUUUUCACGGACACUUUUUGACGUCCAUAAAGCAUGCUGUAAUUAUGAUUAUUAUUAAUCAAGGCUAGUAAAAACCAGGGUUUAAUUUUUUUUAAUCAAUGCAUAAAGAAUAAAAAAUUCGAUUUUUAGAUAAAAAUUAUGUCAGAGGCACAAAUAUCUUGAAAGCAUAUAAUUACCUUUUGAUGGUAUGUCAUAACUCUUAAUGAUUUCUCUAAUAAUGGUAUAAACAAUUAAGGGUUGGCACAUUUUUAUAUAUGUCUUUUUUUGUUUCCGCCUGUUAAGUAUUAUAAUUAUUCGUAAUUUAUCGGCUCAAUUUUUUCGGAAAAAUAGAUUAAAAGUGGCAACUAGAUAUGAAGUGAGUGAGAUAUAAAAUUAAGUAUUAAAAAUUAAUUGUAAUUAAUACGAAAUUCAGAUUUUAGAUCAAACUUCGGACAAACAUAUUUUUUUAUUUAAUAAAGUACAGUAAAGAAGAGUUGUAUAUUGCAUUUAAAUAAAUACGUAAUGUAGGACAAAAUAAUUAUCAAUUAUGAUCAUUCUUAUCAAAGUAGAUUUUAGUAUUAAUUUAUAUCAAUUAUUUUAGUAAAUAAAAACCUUGAGAUUUAUGAAUAAGUAUUAGACAUUAACGCUCUCUGUGCGAGUGAUAUUUUAAUUAUGUAAAUAGUAAUCCCGUGAUCUUAUAUACUAUUUUAGAACAAUUUUAGUCCAGUUUUUAGUCAAAUACUGCCAUUUUAUAAUAGAAAAUGAUUUAAAUAACAAUUUUUAUUUCAAUAUUAUCAAUUUUUAAACAACGAAAAAUACUUUUUAUUUCUAUAUCAUAAAAAAUAAUUGUAUUGUAUGUAAAGUUUUAUGAACAACGUCACAAUAACGAUUAAUACCUAUUUUAAGUAUAGACUGUUGCUGAUUCAACAUAAUAAGAACAAUCGUAAGACAGAAUACUCUUAUCUAUCUAUCUAUAGUCUAUAUUUAUCUAUAUUGUAAGUACAUAUAAGCGUAAAUUAAACGCACAAUUUUACUUAGAAAGUAGAAAUCUUAAUAAACAUCGACCUGUUAUUCGUAAGCGUUUUAUCCAUUUUUACGAUAUGUGUAUAAUUCUAGAUGCAUCUCCCACCAAUAUGCCUUUAUUUUAUAAUUAAUGUACUUUUUAUACUAAGUAUCGUAUUUUUUUCUACUCUAAUGGCACUCCUCAACACAGAUUUGAAGAAAAAAUAGAUGGAAAAUCCGACAGCAAAAUUUUUUAAAGACUUUCUAUAACUUUUUCUUUUGGUAUUUAGCAAUUUCCACGCAAGAGUCGCAAGAAACUGUCUUAUUAAAAUCAUGACAAGUCGCGCCCGAAUAGCGACUGGAGUUGUUGAAUUUCAAAAACCUUACAGUAUCAGCGUGUUGCAAUGCUUUUGGUUGGUAGGCUAAUCUAGCGUCAUUGAAUCUGUUUUAUUUUUUGACAGGUCGUGCUAAGUCUAUUUUAUCUUUAUGUCUUGGGUCUAGCACUAUGUGCAAAAUAACUGAAUUUUGUACACAUUCAGAAAACUUUGUUUUACUCCAAAGUUUGUGUCAUUUUUGUAGUGUAAAUAGUAGUGUAUAAAAAUAAUAUUUGUAGAUAAGUCUUUUAUGUAUUGAUGUAAUGUAUAUCAAACUAACUUUAAUGGUGCUAUCGAUUUCGGAAUUGAACUUUGAAGUUAAGUAUAUUUAGAUUUAACUGUGUGGAAUACUGUUCUGAAGCGGCAUGAAAUAGAGGUUUCAUAUAGCAAUCGAAUGGACUGGUAUCUGGUACUGAUUUUAAAU